GGCGGCAGCAGCAGCAUUAUGCGUGAUUACUGACAGGCACCAGCUGCUGCCGCACUGCCGGCUCCACGCACUAUGUGGACUCCCCGAUCUGGCGGCAGAUUCCUGACUAAUCCCAGAGGGCUGGCCCAGCCUGUGCUCCCGGGGCUGCGAGGAAGCAAUGACCACUCUUGUUAGCCCAAGUUGAAGCAAGCUGGGCUGUGCCGAGGAGCUGGGAGAGGCCAGACUAUUCAGAAGACGCAUGAGAGAGGGGCAUGAACUGAGGAGUAAACAUGUAUGGAAAUUAUUCUCACUUCAUGAAGUUUCCCACAGGCUUCGGUGGCUCUCCGUGUCAUGCUGGCUCCACAUCCAUGAGCCCGUCGGCGGCUUUAUCCACUGGGAAGCCUAUGGAUGGUCACUCCAGCUACACGAACACCCCAGUGAGUGUCCCACGGACGCUGAGUGCGGUUGGGACACCCCUCAAUGCUCUGGGUUCUCCUUAUCGAGUCAUCACUUCUGCCAUGGGCCCGCCCUCAGGGGCAUUGGCAGCGCCUCCUGGAAUGAAUCUGGUUGCACCCCCUAGCUCUCAGCCAGGAAAGCACUAUGGCGUGUACAGCUGUGAAGGCUGCAAAGGCUUCUUCAAGAGGACCAUAAGGAAAGACCUCAUCUACACAUGUCGGGAUAACAAGGACUGCCUCAUUGACAAGCGCCAGCGCAACCGCUGCCAGUACUGCCGCUAUCAGAAGUGCCUGGUCAUGGGCAUGAAGAGGGAAGCUGUGCAAGAAGAAAGGCAGAGGAGCCGGGAACGAGCCGAGAGUGAGGCCAAAGGUGCCAGUAGUGGUCAUGAAGACAUGCCAGUGGAGAGGAUUCUAGAAGCGGAACUCGCUGUUGAACCAAAGACAGAAUCCUACGGAGAUGUGAGCAUGGAGAAUUCGACCAAUGACCCUGUUACCAACAUAUGCCAUGCUGCCGACAAGCAGCUCUUUACCCUUGUUGAAUGGGCCAAGCGCAUUCCCCACUUCUCAGAUCUCACCUUGGAGGACCAGGUCAUUCUGCUCCGGGCAGGGUGGAACGAGCUGCUGAUCGCCUCUUUCUCCCACCGAUCCGUUUCCGUGCAGGAUGGCAUCCUUCUGGCCACAGGGCUGCAUGUGCACCGGAGCAGCGCCCACAGUGCUGGUGUGGGCUCCAUCUUUGACAGAGUCCUGACUGAGCUGGUUUCUAAAAUGAAAGACAUGCAGAUGGACAAGUCAGAGCUGGGGUGCCUGCGUGCCAUUGUGCUGUUUAACCCAGAUGCCAAGGGUCUGUCCAAUCCCUCAGAGGUAGAGACCCUGAGAGAGAAGGUUUACGCCACCCUGGAGGCCUACACCAAGCAGAAGUAUCCUGAACAGCCGGGCAGGUUCGCCAAGCUGCUGCUGCGCCUUCCCGCUCUGCGCUCCAUCGGCUUGAAAUGCUUGGAGCACCUUUUCUUCUUCAAGCUCAUCGGGGACACCCCCAUUGACACCUUCCUCAUGGAGAUGUUGGAGACCCCACUGCAGAUCACCUGAACACUGGCAGCCAUAGCGCCCCCGUCCCCUUGCCCCACACAGGUUUCUCCACCUCCCACUCAGCCCUCUACAACCCUAUUCCCAAAAUGUGAUGCUUAUAAUAAACGCUUUCUACAUGUGAGACUUUUAUAGGUGAAGUUUUGUAUAGAUGUUAAAGGCAACCUUUCUUUGCUAUCUAAGGGCCCGAAGUCUUUCUGGAAGCUCUUGGGAAAACUAACCAAGCCUCUGUACAUAGAGUUGGUUUAAAUUAUUUUUUCACUUGCCAUGGAAAGCAAACAAAGAAUAAAAUAAUAAAGAUGAUCUUGGCA